AUGUUCAAAAAAGAUCCCCAAAUCAAGGCCCUGAGUAACUUGAAGAACUCGGAACGCAAGAAAACUCAAACCCAAUGUCAAACUCAAACUCAACUGGACAAAUAUGCUUUUACAUCCCAAGUGGUGAAGCAAACUACAUUUAAGACCCAGUUCACCACUGGUACAGUUUUCACAGACGAAAACAAUGUUCCUAUCUGGUUCAAAGAGAAGUUCAGCGAUUUGAUGUUCCCCACGGUGUAUACGUGCUGGCAGUGGCCCGAGCUACUUCCGGUAGUGUUAGCCCAUGAAUACGUGGUUGAGGAAAAAGUUGUGAAGGGUGCCAAUCUGAUGCUUCCCGGUACAGUACCACCGUUCGAUCCCAGAUGUGUCAAGACCCGAAUGGUAGGAGUGGCCAGCACACGUUCCCCGCGGGUUGUGAAGGCUAUAGGGAUCGUUCAGCUCAAUUUACCAGCAUAUAGUCGUGUCAUCGGCGAAACCGGAGUGGCAGUUGAAAUCGUUCAUACUUGGGACGAUGGGCUUUGCAAAACAUUCAAAGCGAAGGUAGAGCCUCCAGAGCCUGGGGAAUCUGUCGAAUCUGAAAGCGAAGAAGAAGAAGAAGAAGAAGAAGAAGAAGAAGAGGGAGAAGAAGAAACAGGGGUAUUGGGAUCUGGUGUUGAUGAGAACUACGCAGAAGCAGAGACAGAACCAAACGUAGAAUACCGAGAAACUCCGUCCGCAGAUAUCGACGAUAUGGCUGAACAAUUAGAGCAAUUGAGCACAGAAGACGUGGAUCAUUUUUUUACCAGAUCUUUGUACUACACGUUGACGCAGGACCUGAACUUUCAUGUGCCCGUGAGCAGCUCGAGUUUCGUGUCGAACCAUAUCUUACGCAACCUGCCGCCAGUGGACCUUUCGCAGGUGAACAUGAAAAGAACUUCGUGGCGCAAGACCGCCAAGUUUCUCAAGCAUUUUGAAAAAGAAGGAUUUCUGAAAUUGAAGGGCAAAGGCGAUGACUUGGUUGUUGUUGGCGCGGUCUCCAAAGAAGCGAAGCCCGAACUGGUCAGUUUUGUACCUUACCGGGUCGCCGCACCAGCUGGUGGCGGUCAAUCUGGAUCGAAACACUCACAAGAUCACGCCGGCCCUGCUAUGAUGACCGCAGUGACGUUGUAUAAGCCCAACAGCAGCGCAAAGGACUUUCUGAGAACUCUCGACCUCAAGAUAGAUCACCUUUUUACCCAGCAAGAAAUUAAAAGCGGUGUGGAUCGCUACAUCGCUCAGAAGAAUCUUAUGAGUCCAGAAAACAAAGCGUCCGUUCUACUCGACGACGUGUUGUAUGCAGUGGUCAACCGUGCUGCCAAGAAGGAAAAUGCCGUGCGCACCAUUCCAAGAGCGAAUAUAAUGAGUCCCAUCUUGAAGGGCAACUUUUCGGAGCACUUCGUGGUUCUCAAGCCAGAUGGCACACCUUUGUUCAAGAGUCCUUUAAAGGGUGGCAUUCCAACUGUUCAGAUAGUCACCGAGAUGAAGAUUGGCCGUAAGGUCGUCACGAAAGUCUCGAAUUUCGACAAAUUCCAAAUCGACGAACAGAAAUUGGCCGAAAUGCUUCGAAAGAAAUGCAGCGGCUCUACUACGAUUGGCGAGACCACCACAGCUCCCAAGACCCCAGAGGUUACCGUGCAGGGUCCUCAUGGACCCACUGUUAUCGAAUUGCUCAACAGUCAAGGCAUCCCAACAAAAUGGAUAAACUUCGUCAAUAAGUUGAAGAAGGGUAAGAAGAGAGGCGGUAACAGUUGA